GUUUAAUUUAUUUUUUAGCCGUGGAGGAAUCAUAAAAUCGCAGUGAUUGUGAAUAAUUGAAAACAAAAUAUAAUUACUGUUUUGUAAUAUUUAUUUAAAAAAGAAUAAUAUUAAAAUCACCGAAGACGCACUCUUUAAAUGUUUUUUUUGGAAUACUUUUAACACUCCAGCGUGAACUGCAUAAUUUAAAUCAAAAUUAUGUGGAAUGAAAAAGAUCAUGGCAAUGAAAUUUAUGCCAGCAAUGAAAUUUAUGCCAGCCUUCCAUUGGAAUCUCGUUGUUCUCAUGCGCAUUGGAAGGCACGAAUCCAUGGUUAUACAGAAGUCAUAGAAAUUUUUAACGAAAUAAAUGAUGAAAAAUCAACUGAGUGGUCAAAAUAUCUGAACUGGAUUUGCAAUAUGGUUGUAGAUCCCAACUCAGCUGCACAGGAAAAAGGGCUUGAGGCAGCAUCGAUAUUCAUGAAUAAAUCCGUUCUAUCAGCUAAACUUGCGAUUAGUGUAACAAAUGGCAUUGUCAUUAAAUGUUUUGGCACAACAAAACAAAAUGUUAAAGAGCUUGCAGUUAAUCUUAUUCUAUUUCUCAUUGGGGAUGAUAAAACCGAUACCGUUCUUGAAGAGUUGAUCAAAGGACUAGAUAACAAAAACCCCAAAAUUGUAUCUACGACAAUAUCAACUGUAAGGAUGGCAUUGGAUAAGUAUGACAACCAGUGUGUUAAUACUAAAUUAAUAGAAGGAAAACUGCAAGAUAUUUUACUACAUCGAGAUAAAACAGUACGCAGCGAAUCGAAGCAAUUAGCAAUUGAAAUUUUUCGGUGGAUUGGGGAUGCAAUAAAACCACACAUAACUAACAUUACUCCAAUAUUGCAAAGAGAGUUAGAGGAUGAGUUUCAGAAAUUAAGAGCAGAAGAAAAUUUUUUAAUUACCGCUGAACUCCCAACUGUAGCAUCUAAACAUAAUCAAAAGGUGUCUAAUAUUGAGUCAAGUGAUAAUGUCAGCAUUAAAACUGAUAUAUCUGAUGUAGAAUCAAACAUUGCUCAAGUACCUAUACAUCUACUUGCUAAUUUACCAAAAGGUUUUUAUAAACAAGUUGCGGACAAAAAAUGGUCGGAGCGUAAAAAUGGUCUGGAAAAACUAGAAAGACUAUUGUUAAAACAUCCAGUACUGGGAGAAGAAGAUAACUGUGCAGAGUUAAUCAUUACUCUCAGAAGAAUCAUAGGCACUGAUAUAAAUGUACUGGUUUUAUCUUUGGCUAUUAAAUGCCUUCGUCUGUUGAUUACAAUUUUGGGUAAACAAUUUAAUAAUUAUGCAGCAGGUUGCUUGCCUGUUGUUCUCUUACGGCUUAAAGACAGAAAGCAUAUUGUUUUGAAUGAACUUCGUGCCACAUUGGAUACAAUUUAUCCAAUUCUAAACUUAGAAACCGUAUAUAACUUCAUAUCGGAUUCAUUAACAUGCAAAAAUCCUCACAUUGCCUAUGAAACUCUGAUAUUUUUUUUACGCUGCCUGGAUCGUAACAUUGCCAAAUCAUUGAGUGUGAAAAUGUGUAAAACUAUAGCUUCGGUAAUGGUGGGAAUUGUAGAAGGCUCUGACUUAGAAGCGCGUGAAGCUGCACUGAAAGUAAUCGCUCAUCUCAUUCUUCAAACUGGCGAACAUUUUAUUGCCCCAUUUUUGGUUAAUAUGACUGAAAAAAGAGUAUCAAAAAUUAAAGAAUACCAUAAACAACUUAAAGCAAAAUACGAUAAUUCCAACAAAUUAAAUUCAUUGCCUUCGGGAAAUUCUAGUAAACCAACAUCAUCCACUGACGAUGUUCAUAGCGUAUAUAUGCAUAGCUGUGAGACUCAAGGUUUGUCAAAAGAACCCGUAAUGAAGAACGGAAAUCAAACAAAAAGUAACAAAAACAGUGCAGAACUUAAAACAAAUCAAAGUACUGAAAGGAUUAAAAAUAUUGCCAGAAAUGGGAUGAAUUAUGAAGAAAUAAAUAUAUGUAGCAAUGACAAAUGUGAGUAUAAAGAUAGCAUUUUUGAAAAUGCACUAAAGACCGAAAUUCAGCAGAAAAAGCUGGCAUUAGUUAAUAAAAAUCACGAUAUUCUUCAAGCUGAUGUUGAAAAAUUGGAAAAUGAUAUUCAUAAAUUAAUGACAGACACAAAGACAUCUCCACAGGAUUAUGAUAGAGUGACUAACGCUUUUGCAAAUCAAAUUAAGAGUACUACAUCUGCUGACAAACUGGCUAACUCCUUACAACCAUGUUUAGGUGAUGAGAUUAAAACAGACGAGAGUGCAAAUAGAACUUUUGUCUAUGUCCCGGCUGAGCAUACGCCAACAGAUGAGGCGUUUAAUAAAAUGCAUUAUAAAAAAUAUAAGAAAAUAAACACAAAAAUAAAUAUUGAAACAGAAAUAGUGGAGAUAGAAUUUUUUGAAAAUAAAAAUGACACGACUGAGAAACCCAGAAGUGAUAAGUCGGAAUUAAAUGACUCUGGAAUAGUUGAAACAAAAGAUGCCAAAUGUAAUGAUAUAAAUAAAACGUUCAACACAAUACAAAACACAUUGUACAUAAUUAAAACGGAUUUUACUAUAAAUAAUGAAAAUCCUAAUAUUUUAUAUACACUGGAAAAAAAUAUAUCAGAUGUGGUAACAGUUCAGAACAAGAAUAAUGCAAAUGAUGUCUAUAAUAUAACAUCAAAGAUAAUAGAGCAUGAAUGCUAUAUGCCAGCGGCAAUGCCAGACAAAAAGUGUUCUGAGAAUAAUAUCGGUGCCAUAUAUCAGAGCGAAAACAUUUGUGCUGAAGAGGACGUUCCAACACGGUUAGCAAUUAAGCCAUGCUCUCUCGAAGCGCAACGUCUAACUGGAUGUGCAAAUAUAAUUUAUAACGCAAUUAAUGCCAAUUCAGGUGAGAAACAGUUUAAAUCCAUACACACACAGCAGAAAGCAAAAUUAUUAAUUUGUUCACCUGAUAUACUGACGGGUUUAAGUAGUAUCCAUCCUUCAAAACGUAUGCUCGCUAUACAUGGUUUAAGUGCAUGUAUGAUGAAACUUGAUGUCAAGACCCCCAACCUUGCUCAAUUAUUUGUGCGCAUAAUCAGUAAAAUUGGACCUGGCUUAAAAGAUUCAGAUCAUGAGGUAAUGCAUUAUAAAUUAAAUCUUUUAUGCCGAAUGGUUGCAAGAUUAAAACCUUCAUCACAAACCAUUAUGCCUGUGGUUCGAGAUGUGGCUAAUCAUUUGACCGAUGAGUCAAGGGAGUUUUUGGUCUGUUGUAUGCUAAAUGAUUUUGCUGAAUGUGGAAACCAUGAACAAAUCGCCAUUGAAGUUCUAGAAAAUUCUGUGUCCACUGGAAAUGUGAACUUACAAAUAAAAUCAUUGGCUUGGGUGCAAAAUUCGAUUCUUAAGUUUGGUCUCCAACUGACUAGAUACAAAUUUAUAAAACAAGUACAUCAUCUUAUAUUAAGCAGUAAUAGAACAGUACAAAAUGAUGGGAUUAAGCUUUUGGGUAUAAUGUCAAUGUAUUAUAACAAAGAUGUGCUACUGUAUUGUUUUGCUCUUGAAGACGUAGUUCUGCAAAGAAAAAUUAUAAAUCAAUUUGAUGAAAUGAAAGAAAGAGUACCACCGGAUCCAAUAUGUGACAUCAACAAUUAUCUUUCAGAUAUUUAAUGUGCAGUCUUACCACAAAAUUUAAAAUUUACUUAUGAAAAGUAAUAGUAUAGACUCUGCGAUAUAUGAUUCCCUUAACUCCACUUGCAAUAUAUUAAGGAGUUAACCUUGAUUAUAUAAAACAUUUACAAAUUCUAUCGAAA